UUUGAGGGGACCGACGACCCGUCCCCCUACCGACAUGACGUCAUCGACAGAGUGGAGAAAGACAUUGCCAAGUUCCACGCCAUGGACGGGUUUUUUGCUAGUUCUGUUCUCGUGGCCACAUGGGUCUCUGUUAAACCUCUCACUAACCUACGGGUCAGUCAGUCACGUGAAGAGAACACAUUUCAAGCCAUCUUUGUAACUGGUUGGGAGGCUAAACAUAAACUUGGUCAUGAUAUCCUGUCUGAAAACACGACGUCCUACGUGAUCUACAUUUACCAGCAAGGCAAGAUGAACUGGCUGUUUGUUGAGGGGAGGGUCAUCCAAAUUGGGCUGACCACUGGCUCAAGCUUGCAUUACAUGAGCUUCACAGAGACGGUCACUAUUUUAGAACUGGGCCUUUUGAAGUGGAACACAGACUACGAAGGUGUGAUGUCAUACCACACUGGCAGUGUCAAAAGUCACACCCAGACGUGCCAGAGAUACCUGUGUCGUCAGCUGAGCCUGUUGAACAAUCCUGUGUACGAGAGAGAGAAGCAGAACUUGUACAAGUGCCCGUGUACACUAGAAAGGCUGGGGCACCAGUGGCAGCUCUAUGAGAGACGAGGCCCUGACCUAAAUAUUGAAUGCUACGCUAUCAGCCUGCCCUCUAAGACGUUACUGAUGGCAGACAACACACGGAACAAGCUGUGCUGCUAUAAUCGACUACACAGCACCAGCACCAGCUGGGAGGAAGAGGAACAAUGUCGACGCAGCUCCUCCUACAUACCCGCCUCCCGGUACUCCGGCCACGUCCUCAUCAAUGACCCCUGGUCAUGGGCGUUCUUCAGCAACAAGGAGGCGCUAGAGAACAUGCGAGCCCACGGGUACUGCUGUAGUGGGGCCUCCCCUCAGCUGUGUCACAGGUUCCACAAGAUUUUUCCUGACAUGGGAUGCUCAAACUUUGUCACCUUUGUUCCAGCUUCUGCCUUUGGUGACCCUCACAUUACGACACUCGAUGGGUUUGAGUACACGAUGAAUGGAUGGGGGGAGUACGUCAUGAUGGAUGUACCAUCUUCCAAGUUCAUGUUUCAGGUUAGAACAAGUAGGUCAAUGACCUCUGACGGUAAAGAGACGAAUGCCACGGUGUUUACAAAAUUGGCAGCUAAAGAAUGGGAAAAUUCAAGCCUCGAAGUUGAACUAGCCCCGAACAAUAUAAGCAUGACAAUCUACAUCAAUGGCGUGGACUACACCAACGAUUUCUACAGCUCUCCAGACUUUGCCACAGAGUUGAGAACCAUCCAAGUGGUCAGACAAAACUCACUGAACAACAGUCUACUGGUCGGGUCGUUCCCUUGUGGUGUUUCUAUCAAAGUCAGUGUAGCUGUUAGAUGUCUGAAAAUUGAGGUGGAAGUUGAGAAACAUUUGAUGAAUGCAACAAAAGGACUUCUCGGAAAUUUUAAUGGAAAUAUAACAGAUGAAUUUACACUACAAAAUGGAACAGUGUUGCCAAGCAACAUGACAGAAAGUGAUAUCUUAUACAAGUUUGCUAAAAAUUGGGAGGUAACUGCCGAAACAAGUAUUUUUACUUACGGCAAACAUGAAAGCUUCAGUGACUACCAGCACCCAGAGUUCGUGCCCCUGUUCCAGGACCAAACUGACCCCCUCUUGAGGGGUGCUGGUGCCAAGUUGUGUGGGGAGGGCAACACGGCCUGUGUCUACGACUUCGUGGCCACCAAAGAUGCAAGUUUCGCCAGACAAACUAAGGCGUCAAGAGAAGAUUUCAAACAGAGGAUGGAAAACUUGGCCAACACGCCCCCAACACUAUCUAUAAAUACCUCAACCUUGACCUCUGGAGGUCAGCUACUGCUCACACAAGGGAAAGACUCGUCGCUGGGCCUGAAUGUUGCGGACGAUGAUGGCGACAUACCGUCAGUGGAGACUGUAGGCUAUGUACCUGGUGUACACAUAGACCACGUGACCAAGAGAUUGUUUGUUACACCAAGUCCUGGUCUUCCCAUCAGUUUUGGGAUACGGGCUAAAGACAAGAAUGAUGCGUACAGCCCAAUUGUGUACAUCAGCACUGUGUUGUGUACUGGCUGUAGUGGACACGGUCAGUGUGACCCUACAACCACAAGAGGUGACCCAGAUUCAAGCGUCCAUGUGCUGAGGUGUGUGUGUGGCCCAGCAUACACGGGAGCAGACUGCGAGUCAGAAGUGGACGCCUGCGCCACCAGACCGUGCUCACUUGGACAAACCUGCACAGACCUGACGGCAGCUCAACAAGGCUCCAACACCACUGGCUACAUCUGUGGACCUUGUCCUGUUGGUUACACUGACCAGGCGGGCAGAUGUGUUGAUGUGGACGAGUGUUUGAAUGCCAGUGUCUGCUCCCACAGCUGCACAAACACAGAGGGAUCAUUUGUCUGCAGUUGUCUGUCAGGCUUCAGGUUAGAUAACUCUGAUCAAAGGACGUGCCUAGACAUCAAUGAAUGUGAUGAUAAAAUCUCUCAUUGUGAACACAACUGUACCAACUCAGCUGGCAGCUACAGCUGUUCUUGUAACCAUGGAUACAAUUUGGACAUGGAUGGGCACUCCUGUCACAUGGGUAUAAAUGUUCCUAUGUUCCAUAUACAAGUAGCAAUGUUCCCAUGUUCCAGAUACAAGUAUAAAUGUUCCAAUGUUCCAUUAACAAAUACAAGUAUAUUAGAGAAAUGCAGCACUUGUCAGCACAGCUGUAUACUACACAACAACAACAACAACAACACAGUUACUUGUUCAUGUAAUAAAGGCUACACACAAGACCCUGAUAAAGAUACGGAAUGUUUAGACAUAGAUGAGUGUAACCAAGCCAACAAACCCUGUAGUCAAGGUUGUAAUAACACCAAAGGAGAUUUUUAUUGUUUCUGUUAUCCUGGGUACCAGCUACAACCUGAUGGGAUUUCUUGUCAAGCUUGUAAAUCGCCUGCAUACGGAGACAGUUGUGAGCAAACCUGCGACUGUAAAGGUCGUGGUACCUGUGACCCUGUGAAGGGGUGUGUCUGUGAGGUCAGCUGGUCAGGUGAGCACUGUGACGUGGAUGUGGACGAGUGUGACAGGCCAGGUGCCUGCCCAGCUGACCAGCUAUGUCACAACACCAACGGGUCGUUCACCUGCACCUGCCCCAGUGGCUAUGACCUGACAUCAGGACGGUGCACAGAUAUUGAUGAAUGUACCACUACUCAGGUGACUGUUACCUGUGAUUUGAGGGUGGAGGUGUGUGUCAACACUGCAGGCAGCUACACCUGCAACUGUAAGCCAGGAUAUGCUCGAACUAACCAGGCAGGUUGUACAGAUAUAGAUGAAUGUGAGCUUCACAUAGAUGGAUGUCAACACAUCUGUCACAAUGUGGAUGGGAAAUACAACUGUCAAUGUGAACCAGGAUACAUACUGAGAGAAAAUCGUCGUGACUGUAUCAGUGUAAAAGAGCUCUGUAGCCAAUCGAACCUGAACUGCCCCCAUGGGUGCAGCAUCAAUGAGACAAACCAGCCCUACUGUAUCUGCCCCAGGGGGUAUGAGAAAAUAAUGAAGGCUGGCACAGAAGUUUGUGAAGAUAUAGAUGAAUGUGCUGCCAAUGAAACCAAUCUGUGCUCAGUUAAAGAAGGUUGCAGGAACAAUGAUGGAAGCUACACUUGCUCUUGUCCAGCUGGUUCUAAACUGGACAAUGACGGACGGAGUUGUCUCAACUGUACAGGAGAAACCUGGGGUCAAGAAUGUUCCAACAACUGCGCUUGUGGUUUGGGCUCGGAGUUCUGUGACCCUGUUCUUGGUUGCAUCUGCAAAACUGGCUUUACAGGAGAGCACUGUGAAGCUGACAUUGACGAAUGUCUUAGGGGAAAGAACUUAUGCCAGGAUAGAGAACUCUGUAUCAACAUACCUGGGAGUUUUAUGUGCCUGUGUCAGCAAGGGUACCACAAGCUAGGCAAUGUCUCCUGUAUAGAUAUUGAUGAAUGUGCUGAGCCACGUUUAAACAACUGUACACAAGUGUGUAACAACACAGAGGGAAGCUACACAUGUUCAUGUCAUGAUGGGUACUCUUUUGAUGCUGAAAAAUGGAUGUGCAAAGAUGUUGAUGAAUGUGAGGACAAACUGGAAGAAUGCCAGCAGACGUGUGCCAACACUGAAGGAAGUUAUCACUGCUCUUGUAGGGAGGGCUUCAGUCUGGACACCAACGGCCUCUCUUGUUCUGUUGAGAGCACCUGCACCAACAGGUCAAUGAACUGCAGCUAUGACUGUGCCAACAUCAACCAACGUGAUACAUGCAUCUGUCCAAAAGGUCAGGAACUUACAGAUGAUGGCAUCACCUGUACAGAUUGUCAGGAUGGUUACUAUGGUGACAGCUGCAAGAUGGCAUGCACCUGUUUAAAAACAAACACAGAAAAGUGCAAUGUAACCAGUGGUGCUUGCUUCUGUAAGCCUGGGUGGAAGGGACAUAACUGCGAUAUUGAUGUUAAUGAAUGUGAAGUUAUUCCAGAGUUAUGUCACAAAAAAUCGAAUUCACACUGUGUGAAUACCAUCGGCUCAUUCAGAUGUGACUGUGAUAAUGGAUACACACAGGCCAAUGUGACAAGUGACAGGUGUAUGGCCUUGCAGGAUCAAGUUUUGACAUCAACAUUAGGUUUAAACAUCAAUGCUUCACGCUAUAACUUAACAAGUAGUUUCACUGCUGACUUUGUCAGAAUCAAAUACCAAAUUGAAUCUCAACUGAACAGUAAGCUGAGUCUUCAGGCAAGCGUCAUCAAAUUUAUUGAAGUGACAGAUCUACGCGUUGGCAGUCUACAUGUGUAUUUGAAGACAAUCAUCAGCCCACAAAAUGCUCAAACUAAUGUUGGUCUUGAAUUAGCCCAGGCUUUGGUGAACUUCAUGCAAACAAAUGUUGGUAUUAACAUAGACAAUACAACAGCUUAUGUUACUCAAAUUUUAACUGCCGGUAAUAGCUUUGCUGCCAGUGAAAAUGCUUGUGAGAUCCGCAGCAAAAUUAACCCUUGUUCAGAAAAAGAAAUUUGUCAGGUGCAGAAGAGUGAUGCAGUUUGCAGACUCAGUGAAAAUGAUGACACAGAUCUGAUCAUUGGCCUGAGUGUCAGUUUGUCUGGGUUUGUUUUGAUCUGCGUCACUGUUGUGGUUCUGGUGUGUUGUUGGGCCAGGAGACACGGAACCUACCGGAACAAACCCAAGCAUCCUACGGCAGCAGAACUCAUCACGCUAAAGAGUAAUGUGUACAACCAUUUGUCUGAGCGUAUGGAUGAGAAAGAUGUAUAUGACUACAUAGGAGUGGAGUCAUCAGCGUGUAGUGUAUCAAGCCAGCAACUGAAGUCCACCCCUGCCCACAAGAAUCCAGCACAGAAUGUUUACUGCAUUCCUAGAGUCUCAACAAAUGCUUUGGAGACGAGCAUCCACCACAGCUGAGGCCCUGCAUAACAGAGAAAACUCUGGAGUUUUUGACAAGGAAUGUAUACAGAGGGAUGACAAAUAUUUGACUUGUAUAUCAAACUUUUUAAAAUCUUUUUUUAACUUGAAAUUGUUUUAUCUUUAUAAUCUGAAUAAUUUAUUAACCAUAGAUUGCCAUUUUUUUUCAAUUUAGUUUCACCAUUAACAUCAACUUGGAUUAAACCUGAUUUAUAAAAUUGAUAGCAAUAUUAAAUUUUCUUUUUUUCUGAUUUUGUUGUAAAAGUUGAGUAGUAAAAAAAUCAUCUUUAUAGUAAAAUUCUUCUUUUAAAUAAAACAAGCCAAACUAUUUUCAUAUUAUUUAGCUUAAAUGCACAGAAUAAAGGCUGACAAAUAUGUAAUUUUAAUUAUAAUGUAAACAAAAAUAAAAAAAGACAUCUAAGUGAUUGUAAUUUCUAAUUAUAGGCAGGUAUUUUAUUUACAAGACAUAUGUAUAUUCCUUCAAUGUCUUAUAUCUUUUUUGUGAUAGAUUUGUAAAAUAAAACAUGUUAUUAACAUACACAGAUUAAAAUAAAAUGUACAUUAAACCUA